CUCUAGGCCAGCCACUCGAUUUCCCCUCGAAGCGCCGAGAAAAAGCCUCAUAAUUAAUAGCACAGCUGAUAGACAGUGUGGGCACUUGCAUGAGCCUUGGGUGGGUUCCUGAAAUCUUGGAUGCGCAAUGCGGCGUAGGAAUAUCAUAGUGGUUGAUUCGAUUGGCCGUCGAGAAAGUACGCCUCCAGGCACCGCUGCUAUUCUCCGCUUUGAGGUCUCAUCACUGGUUGUGGAGAGUAGCGGAUAAUUCGCUGGUUUUGGCCUGCAUCUUCUCCCCCAGCAUAUUACUUUUAUUGAACAGGUAAUCAAGCACCAUGGGCGUACAAUUUUGUAAUGAUUGUGGAAAUCUCCUUGAUAUCUCUUCGUUGGAGACCUUGCAGUGUGAACGGUGUGGGACAGCCGCGAAGAACGAAGCAUUACUCCAUACGCAGAAGUUUCCCAUCUAAGCUUCGCGACAAAUUGAGAUCUCAUACUCAGGAAGUCACGCGUGAAGCCAUUGCCUCUGGUCCAGAGAUCGACUUGGACUAUAUCAAGUGCCCAUCCAAGAACGUCACGUAUGCCCAGGUGCAGUUGAGGAGUGCUGAUGAAGGGAGUACCAUCUUUUAUACCUGUUUACAAUGUGGGCAUAGAUGGCAAGAGGAUAAUUGAUGACCUGGUCGAAAUCCUUUAUGGGUGAGACUCUAGUAAACACUAUUAUGGAAUGAUGAGCGAGAAACUAGACUUCCUCCGAUUUUUUCCACUGUCUGUCAUUGGUUCUGCGAUCUCCUUGGUUGUUUUGGCGGAGGAUACAUAGUAGUUUCAAGGUGCUUUCAAUCAGUGCUUGAACCUUACCAUAUCAACAACUGGUUUGAGACAUUGAUCAAGCGUCCAGGCUGUAGACCACUAGAGGAUCGCAGCAACUUCCCUCGGCUCUUUUUUUUUAGCAGACACUGCAAUCUAGGUAGACACCAAAGAAUGACUACAACAUUAUUGGGUGGUGUCUAUACUCGAAUACGACCCAGCAUAUCAGAUGACUCAACGCGGAGACAUCGGGGUCCCAAUGCGGAAUAGCGCGUGAGCACGGCCUCAGGCCCUUUAUCGCACGGCUCUCCC